AUGAGUAAAACUAAGCAACCUAGCUUCCCGGGCUUCAACUCCUUGUCAAAACGAGUCUUCGUCCGCGAUGGUGAAGAUCUCGGAGGAAGGCAACCAGUCCCAGGACAUCCCCAUACGGUUGUCGUAUACGGCUGGGGUGACGCACCUCCAAAACACGUCGCCAAAUUCACGGACGGAUAUCGCAAACUCUACCCGAACGCAAAGCAAAUUGCGAUCCUCUCACCCAUCAGCCAAGGCUUUUUUGAUCAUGUUUCCAAAAGAACAGAAGACAUGAUGCCUGUCGUCAACGAGCUGUUCCCAAAAGAGAGAGCCAACUCAUCUAACUUGAUUCUACUCCAUUGUUUGUCGAACUCCGGCGUUGGGAACUAUUCAUCCACAUUGAAUGCGUACAAAGAGCUUUACAAUUUGCCGAUGCCCCAUGUAUUGACAGUCUACGACUCAGCUCCUGGGCAGACCAAGCCCAACUGGUCCAACCUCAAACGAUGGUCGAAUGCCAUGGCCAUGGGCCCAGCAGCCAAACUGCCCUGGCCUUUCGUUAUCACGCAAUCUUUCUGUAUUGGUUUCUUUAUAUUCAUACACCUCUUUGACUUUAUAGCUGGUCGAGAAUCAUCUCCCAAGUUUUGUGAAAGACUCUUCUUUGAUGAGAAAUGGGAGAGCAAGGGCAGCACAAGGCUGUUCCUAUAUGGGAAAGAAGAUAUCCUAAUCCCAGCGGAGCAUAUAGAGGAGCACAUUGCCAACGGAAGAAGGCUUGGGUAUAAAACGGAGAGCCAGAUCUUCGAAAGCGGCCAUGUGGAUCACAUGAGGAAGAGUUCAGAGAAAUACUGGGAGGCGAUUGACAGUGUUUGGAAACGGGCCAUAACCGACCACUGA